UUCCGUCUCUGAAUCUUGGGGGAAAAGCUGCUGAGAAAUUCCUUCUAAGAUUUCUCCAGCUACUGCUGCUACUGCUUCAAACAAAGAUCUGCUCACUCAGGUAAAAGAAAAUGGAUGCAGAUGAUAUACACAAAAGUCGGAAGGUAAUGUUUCUGGAUAAGGGUCCUAAAACCGAAAUGAGCACGAUGACAACAAUGACUUCUACAACAACGAAGAUGGAGGAUACACAAGACAACAGGAGUGUGACUGAAGUAGCUCUGACUCUAGUUGAGGAUGUCGUCGCUGUUGCUGCUCAGUUUGUGGAAGAAGCUAGAAACCCCAUCAAAAACAUCAAGUGGAUCACUCAUGGUGAAUUCACAGUGGAAAAAGGUCGUAAACAAAUUGAGAAGUUUAUUUCGACUUGGGAGUACCAAAGCCGCUGGGUGCACUACACAGAAUUUAUAAAGAAGGAAGAGUUAAACCACAGCAUUCGCUAUAUCUACUGUGUGCGCUGGAGCAUCCCAACAGCUCAGGUACCCAUACCACGAGUCAGUGCGGCUGCCUACUUCACCAUCAAGAUCACCAAAACCAAACCUCCGGAUACACCCAUUGAUGUCUCUUAUAUCUUUGAGGGCCAUUCAUUAGUUCUAAGACCAGGAAUGGCUCGCUUUCGAGAAAAAUGGCCGAGGGACAUUAUUGAGGCCAAAAAUAUUUUAAUGGAGUCAAUCACCUUCUAAUUCAAUUGUCUGAUUCUUACAGAAUGUUUUAGGAUUGUUUUUCUAAUCCAAAUAUAUUAAAAUACAACACAGCACAUCGAACCACAGAAUAUUUAUUGAAUAAUAAACU